CCAGCAGGGCAGGCCGAGAGCCUAGCAGCAACCUGGCUAUGUGGGAUAGUGGCACCGCAAGACCCUCCCACGCCCUCCGGGCUUACUUAACCCCCAGAGCCUCAGCCAUCAGCACUCACCAUCCUCCCCCAGCGUGAAGGAGCAAAGAGAGCCAUCAUGGGGAGCACCAGCCUGCUGCUCCUUGUGCUCAUCCCGGCAGCUGUUUGGUUUGGGACAGGUGCCCUGGGGAGCUGGAUUAUUGGGGGGAAUGAAGUCAAGCCCCAUUCCCGGCCCUACAUUGCUUCCAUCCAGCUGGAUGGCCAGCACGUCUGCGGGGGAUUCCUGGUUUGGCACAAGUGGGUGAUGACGGCGGCUCACUGUGUGCUUCCCAGACACUCCCCCUCCUUGCGUGUCGUGCUGGGGGCUCACUCCCUGAAACACCAGGAGGCCUCUCAGCAGAUCUUCAGCAUCCGGGAGUCCAUCAUGCACCCACACUUCAACGCCCGGACGGUCCACAAUGACAUCCGCAUGCUGGAACUGAACAAGUCGGCCAUCUUUACCCAGUUUGUGAAGCGGAUCAGGCUCCCCCGACCCAACAUCGACCUCUCUCCCGGGGUCGUCUGCAGAGUGCUGGGCUGGGGCGACACCUCCAAUUUUGGCACCAUCCCCACCGAGCUCAGGGAGACCAAGACGACCAUCGUGGACAGGAAGAUCUGCAAAGCACUGUGGGUGGGUCACGUCAACGACAACAUGCUGUGUGCGGCCAGCCUCAACAGCACCCUCCAGGGGGUCUGCUCGGGUGAUUCCGGGGGUCCCCUCGUCUGUGGGGGCAGGGUACAUGGCAUAGUCUCCUUCUCCGGGCAGAGGUGUGGGAAUCGCAGGUACCCAGACAUCUACACUCGGAUUUCCAAGUACAUCUCCUGGGUCCAGGAUGUGCUGAAGCGCUUUUAAUACUGGAGACGAGAGCUGUGGGGGCUCCUUGUGUGACAGACAUUCUGAAGAGGGGGGCAGUUGGGACUGAGAAAAAGAGGGAGGGAUCUUUCUCUAUUGGGCAGUUAACAUGCAUUUCACUAUAAAGUCUAUGGGGUCUGGUGUUCAGGAUGGGGGGAAUGUGCAUCAGGACUCCUGCGUUCUAUUCCCAGCUCUGUGAGGGGCACGUGGUCUAGUGGCAACUAGCAGUCAGGGCUUCUGUGUUUUAGUCCCACUUGCCCACUGACAGCUCUUGGGGUGAGUCCCUUCCUCACACUGUGCCUCAGUUUCCCCAAUCUGUAACAUGGGGAGAAAGGUACCUACCUCACAGGGCUGUUGGGCGCCUCAUGAGUUAGUAUCUGUGAAGUGCUUGGAGAUGCUCAGGUGAAAGGGGUAGACAGGUGAUGCCCAUGAUCUUGCCUGAGAUAUUUCAGGACAAGCCUAGCUCUCUGGGCCCACAGUUCCCUGUCCUACGCAGCCUCACGAAAUGGGUGUACAGAAGGAUACAUGCCUUUCCCAGACUGCCUGGAGGAUCAUCACCUAAUCCACGUAUGCUGCUUGAUGUAAUACAACAGCUCAGCUGCACCAGGAUUGAACCUGCAACCUUUGGAUCUAAGCACACAGGCCUCUAUGGACUGAGCUAGAAAAGCCACCUCUGUGUCCACUUCACAAACCUCUAUGUAGCCCAGCCACCCCAUUGUUGGCCUGAGUUACACCUAAACCCUUUUC